AGGUGGAAUUUUUAAAAAAGAAAGAUGGUGAAGAUGGUGAAGGAAAUGAUGAAGCAGAUAAUAAAACAGGUUCAUACUUCAAGUAUUUGCAUUUAUGUAAGCCGAAGCACGAGUAAUUAAUACGCCGUUUUUUGCAUAUUUCAGACACAUCCAGAAAUAUGCUCCCGAUUUUAAAUAUUAAUAUCUCCGUGAAUUUUUAAGUGAAAUACAACUGUAAUAUAUCAAAAUCUAAGUUAGUCCUUCCUCUAUUUGAUGCAGGUUAUUUCUCUUUAAAAGGUUUACUUACUUAGAAGUUAUUACGAAUCAAACCGGAGUACUUUUUUUGGGGACAACCGGUAGAUGUGUACAGAACGACCUCUCUAAUACGGACACUGAAAGGAGACAGCAAAAUGUCCGUAUUAGAGAGAUGUGCGUUUAAAACUGACGAGGAAGACUAGUGUGCGUUUAUAAUACGUCAUCUGGUGGAAGUAGAUACUGUCUGUAAUAGAGGUCUCCUUAAGGAGAGGUUCGAUAUUGUAUUGACGAUAUCAAUAGAAACAUGUCAUCAAAAGGUAAGCGCAGUACAACUAAAGUAGGUUAAUUAAAACGCAGUUGUGGACGGAUGCACGGGCUUAGGUUGUAAUGGUUAGCUCAAUAAUUAUGGUAACUCUAUUUUGAAGCUAACCUAAUGAUGAUGAAAUAUCAUAAAUAUUCACGGCGUUGUUGAUUAGCUUUCGUUCCUUCCACUCGGGUGUGUUAUUUUCUUCAUUGUCCAGUAUCGUUGUCGAUGAGCCAUCACUUGUUGGCAGUAUUUGCGGGUGUCCUAUGAUAUCCACACAAUCUAUAUUUGGAAAGAGUUCUUCAUCAACUUAUUAUCACGAUUGUUAUUAAUAAUAAUACUAAGAAAACAAUUGAUUAAUUAAUUAGAUAGUUGACUGAUUGAAUAGUUGGUUUUUCUAUGAUUGGUUUAUUGAUCUAUGAUUACCUGAUUAAAUAAUUAAUAGAGUUAUUGAUUAGUGAAUGAAAUUAAAUUAUUACAGAUGUAAAUUUGUAUUUACUUCUUUUUCUUACCUAUCUGCAUGAAAUCCAUGAUAGCCUUAAACUGAGUCCGACUGCUAUUAGAUAACGGUAUAGAAGUAGUUUCAUCUUCAGAUCUCUUUGAAUAAACUUUAUGCUCUACAGGCUUACGAACUAUGAACUCUAUAGAAUAUCUACAGUUCUUAGUAUUAACAGCCUUGAUUGUAUAAACUCCAAACUGUUCUUUCAGUAUAUUGUCUAUAGUCAACACGUAGAUUAUAUCUUGAUAAUGAUGGUGAUGAUAGUGGUGUUGUCGUGAUGGAUGGUGGUGUUGUGAUGAUGGUCGUGAUGGUAAUAAUGAUAAUGAUGGUGAUGAUUGGUGGUGUUGUCAUGAUGGUUGGUGGUGUUGUGAUAAUGAUGGUGAUGAUAAUGAUGGUGAUGUAGUAGUGUUGUCGUGAUGGAUGGUGGUGGUGUUGUGAUGAUGGUAGUGAUGGUAAUAAUGAUGGUGAUGAUAAUGAUGGUGAUGAUAAUGAUGAUAAUUAUGGUGAUGAUAAUGAUGGUGAUGAUAGUAGUGUUGUUAAAUCUCCAAUGUGGGUGGUGGGACAAGAGAAGUGGGAAAGUAAAUUUUUGAUUAUGUUGAAAAGAUCGAUUCUGGACAUUGAUAUAUUGCAAUCGCAUGGAUUAUAGACAUUAUUGAUAUUGCAUUUGCAAUCCAAAUUUCUAACCUGUGACAAACACCCUCGCUUCUGCUGUCUUUUUACCAUGUUUCCAAUCUACUUUCACAAAUACGAAAACAGCUCGACUCACGUGCACAACUCUUCCGUUGCCACUGAUCUUUAUAAAAGUUGUUUUGAGUGUCACUACUGUGGGAGUUUGAUGCUUCGUAAACGCAUAGGACCACUCGAUGUCUUGACUCAAAACUUCAAAAUCUCCGUGCGUUGUGAGACGAAUUUUGCCUGGUUACGUAAUGAAAUAUCUCACAUUUAAUAAUUGUCUUAAGGUGAUUCAUCAGGUUUGGAUUGCGCACUUUUACUGCGUAUAUUUAAUAACAAAUUCUAGCUAAUAUAUGUAGUCGAACUGCAAUGUAAAGUGAUAAAGAAAGAGAAAGGGCAAAAGGGAAAAAAUCUCUCUGCAUUGAUUAGGUGUGCUUCAGGAAAUAUGCCCUGACAGAGCUCUGGCUAAGGCUCCCUGUGCAACAAACACUAAACCACAUCACGUUGCACUUGUAUUUCUUUAGCCGUGUUUACAUUACGAGCCUAAGCCUGGUCUGGGCCUACCUUUGGACUCGAUUUUUGUUGUGUAAACGCACUUCGGUCUGGUCUAGGCCAGGGAAUCUGGGCCCAUCAGAACAGGUGGCCUAGAUUUUCUGGCCUAGACCAACCCGAAGUGCGUUUACACUGCAAAAAUCUAGUUCAAAACUUUCAAAGCUAGGCUUAGGCUCGUAGAAUAAACACGGCUUUUUAGACCCUACUUGUUUAUUUAUUUUUUUCUAUACAUUUUAGAUGUUAUGUCAGAAAAUAAGAGGAAUAUUAUUUGUACAAUUACUUGAAAUUUUAACAAUUUAUUGAGAAUUCUGCAGUAACAACAUUUAGUAUUUUUGCACAAGUGAACAUAACAAAUCCUACAAGUUGAUUGGUCAGAUUUGACGUAUUUAAGCUGCUAUAUUCAUCUAAUAUAACAAAACCGAAAUUUACAAAAUGGCGGCUAACUGUUUCGUGGAAGUUACUGAUAAAGAAAUAAGCGAAAUUAAAAUAAAUUCAGUCCCAAGAAACACAAAAGACUUGUGUAAAAAUACUAAAAAAAUUAUUUGCCUCAGGCUCAGUAAUUAUUGGGGAAUAUUCACCUCGACUUCGUCUCGUUGAAUAUUCCCCCGAUAAUCACCUCGCCUUCAGCGAAUAAUUGUUAACACAUUGUAGUAUUAAAUAGCUAGAUACAACUCAUACAAGCUCAAGACAGACAUAGUGUACAAUACAAGAGUAGAAGACACAAACAGACAAAAUAAAGCAGGAACGGGACACAAAGUCCCAUGACCGUAUAACAUUACAAUAUAAAACUAUGCAAAACAAUACAAACAUCAAUUGAACUUAUAAUAUUUUAUAUUUUUCGCGCAUGCGUCACAAAAUAACAUGUGUGAAAAGAUGGGAGAAGACAUCUUUGCACCACGACAAUACACGUCAAUGGUUUUUGAUUCGCUAAAAUACCAUGUUUUCUUGUAUAUAAUGACUAGAUAGAUAUUUUUAGUAAGAUCUUAGUUAAAAAAAUCAGUAACGGUUAAGCAAUUGUGAUUGUUCCUGUAACUCGUAAAACGGUCAAGAUGGCGCCAUAUUGGGGGGGGGGGGGCGAGUUUGGUGCCCCCAACUUUUUUCUGUUUUACUCUGAGCGUUUCAUGAAUUCAUGCACCCCUGGUAAGUUCAGCAAAUUCUCAUUUCCAGAACAAUUACUGAUGAAUCACCUCAAGGUACUUUAAAAUAAUUGUCGUUUAGUUAACGUGGAUAAUCGUGGAAGAAUGUUGAUAAAAUAAGACGUAAAAAGUACAAACCUUCCUCAAAUUCACAUAUAUGGACACUGAGCGGACUGAGAGAGAUAGUAAGUGGUUUGCGCACUUCUAUAUCAAGCAUCUGGGAGUAUGUUCCCAACUCGACAGUCGGAUCAGCUUCUUCAAAAUGAUACAUGAAGAAAUACUUUCCGCUGUACUCUCGUUUCACUUUUGUGCCAAGUUGAAGUUCUGAUAACUUUGGAACACGUUGAACUUUAUUUGUCCAUUCCUAAAUAGGUGAUCAAAAAAUGUUAGAAAGAAAUGCGUGCUAUGAAAGCUCAAUUGCUAUGAUAACUGCAUGAUAACUCUAUUGCAUGGUGUAAGAAAUAUUUCUUCCGUGCUGUGUUCAAUGAAUUUCAUGGCAAUCAGGGGUGGAAGUCACAUCUCCUCUUUAGCUCAAUUCGUGCUAAGUUAGCAAAGUGUUACGAUGAAAUUUUCUCUUUUAAAACAUUCGCACUGUAAACAAUUUUAUUAAAUUUUAUCAAAGUUGUGGAAUAUAGUGCUUUAUUGCGAUAUGAAAUAAAAAAGAUAGGUGACCGACUUCAUUUUUCAUAUUUUUAUUUUGUGGCUAAAAUAAGCAGAUUUUAAACCUUCGCUAUGUUCCAUGGCAACAGUGACAUUGUCAAAACCAAGCUCUAAAUAUUUCACUGAUGUUAGAUAUUGCCUCCAAGUAGAAUAAGCCUGUUCUGCAGAGAUGUCGGGCAAAUAGGGACAACUGUACGGAUUAAGAUGUUAAGAAAGAGAAGAAAAUUGAAUAAAUGAAAUUCAGAAGUAUCACGUGGUUGUCAUAGCAACACACUUUUCAUCAGGUUUCUCUGUCGUAUUUGUAUAAUUCUUUCCUCCCAACACAAUGGAAAGGAUUUUUGUGAUUUCCAUCGAUUAUUAUCGUUCUUAUAGGUGCUGUGGUAAAUAUAAAGCAAUGAGGUAAAUCAAACUUUCCUUCCAAAGUAUCUACAGCAGACAUUUCUAAAAUAAGAAAAAAGAGACCUGGUAACUAGAGCGAUGUCAACCACGUAAACGUUCCGAAAUGUUUGCUUAGGUUCACUCACUUACUGGGUCGAAUUUCAUUUAAUUUCGUUGAAUCACUUCUGAGAUAUUAGACUUUCCUAUUUUUCCUACCAUCUUAAUCAUAAUCAGUGACGUCAUACACAAAAUGUGAAUAAAUUAACGAGAUGAGCUCUGUGAUAAUUUGUUGGGGUCAUUCUUCAUAAUUAUUCUUGGUUCGAUACUUAUUAGUUAGUUCCAAACUUUAUUAAUUCAUUAAUUAAGUUGCCGCGGCUUGUGUUUGAACUAUACUGCCUGUAAAGAUAUUAAAAGCACUUUGAAGUUUCGACCGAGGCCCUUCCUCAAAGAACCGACAGCAGCGAGUACGACUACGUAGUCACAUAGUAAGGAACGACACUACAGGCUGAUUUCCACUGCUGCGUUUUUCGUACGCACGUACACGCACGUAAAACAUUGAAUCCUAUUUUUUAAAUAUUUUACAAGUAAGUUAACAAAUGCAUACUAAAACUUUCGGAACACUAAAUUCUGAUGCUUUAUUUUUUUUGUUUAUUUCAUAAGUAUCAUUUACACGGAUUUAAAGUUUUACGUGCGUAUACGUACGUAUGAAAAACGCAACAGUGGAAAUCAGCCUUAACCUUGCAGCUAGCUAUUCAAAAACAGCAAUGACACUCAAGAAAAGCUCAGAUUGAACCUCCACUCAUUGAGUGUGAGUGAGCUUUUUAGAAUGUAGGCGUAAAUAUCAUACAAGUUAUAAUCCCUACAAUAUGAGGAACUAUGAGGAACAACACACGAAGUGCAACAACUUUCUUCGUUUUUAAAAAAAUGGUCUUGAGAACUACAAGAUUUCUCCAAAAUGUCGUACUCAGACCAGAGUGACGGCUACAACGUUUUCGCGUCAGUAUGGGAUGGUGUAAGCAUAUGGCGUGCGUUUCGCGCAAAAAUGACGAAUCUCGUAGUCGCUGUUACGUCCAGACGACCUGGCCUUCGUUCCGAACAUCGAUUUAAAAGUGCACAUGACAUGAAACUUUCUCCCAAUUUUUUAUGCAUUACUUGAAAAUCUAUAAGUCAUCACUAUCUUACCUUCACUAUAUCAUUCUUAGUCUUAUCGAUUGGCAAAAUCUUCAUCCCGCUUUCCAAAUGAAUACCAAACACAUAGUACUUAAUGAUGGCUUUAGUUCCUUCGAUAAACACAAACUUUCUAGGCUCUUUCGAACUCUGUGUAUCAAUAAUAAUCUCCCCAUCCUCAUUGUAAAAUAAGAACCACACAAGACGUACUGUACAUUGUCGAAUACGGCACCUUUAAAAAACAUUGCAUAAUGGCUUUUACGAAGCACAAACAAACAAACAAACAAACAAACAAACAAACAAACAAACAAACAAACAAACAAACAAACAAACAAACAAACAAACAAACAAACAAACAAACAAACAAACAAACAAACAAACAAACAAACAAACAAACAAACAAACAAACAAACAAACAAACAAACAAACAAACAACAAACAAACAAACAACAAACAACAACAAACAAACAAACAAACAAACAAACAAUUUACACGCAGCGUGUAAAUGUAGCUUUAGGUAGUAUUCUACAGCUUUAGGCUUUACACGCAGCGUGUAAACAUAGCUUUAGGCAGUAUUCUACAGCUUUAGGCUUUACACACAGCGUGUAAACAUAGCUUUAGGCAGUAUUCUACAGCUUUAGGCUUUACACACAGCGUGUAAACAUAGCUUUAGGCAGUAUUCUACAGCUUUAGGCUUUACACGCAGCGUGUAAACAUAGCUUUAGGCAGUAUUCUACAGCUUUAGGCUUUACUUACACGCAGCGUGCGUUGAACUAUAGUAUCCCAAAGGUCGCGGGUUCGAUUCCCACCGUGGUCAGGCUAAGUUUUGAGUCUGCCCGGUGUGGAUAUACACUCAGAGUAACAUCAACAACAUUAUAUUCACCUGAGUACAUACAAUCAAAAGUCAAAACACACACAAAAAAUCACGUCUGAAUGUCGCCGACUGACUAGAUUUCCCAUUUUGAUUAAAUUGCCGAUUUUUUCCUUGCAUAUUUUGUUUAGCAUAAUCUUGGGCAAAGCCAGGAUAAGCAGAUCAGAAAAAUCUCAGAGUUAAAGGAGGUAUAGUAGUAUCAUGCUGUUGUUUCUCAAAUUAUACAUGACUGUUGUUAUGCAAAACUAUAUGUAUUUCUGCUUUUUUUGCAGACCAUUGAACUUGAGAAGAAAGCAAAAAUGCACAUUGCAGAUUCACUUCGCGUUGCUGUGGAGGAAAAGGAUGAUCUUAUUAACGUGUUGAAAACACAGGUAAUGACAAGUAGAUCAAACAAAUAAGUGAAAUAACAAGUAGGUCUAACAAAUAUAUAAAUUUACACUCGAAAACCCCCAUCUAUACAAUUGGUUAUAUUGUGUGUGGAUGCCCCCCCCCCCAACCCCCUGAUAUUGUCAAGUACAGUAGGACCACACUGUCACAUUUAUUUUGUUCAACAACUUGACAUUUUCCCACCAUUGACUUAAAUAUGCUGUCUUAUUGUUUUAGGUGGAAUUUUUAAAAAAGAAAGAUGGUGAAGAUGGUGAAGGAAAUGAUGAAGCAGAUAAUAAAACAGGUUCAUACUUCAAGUAUUUGCAUUUAUGUAAGCCGAAGCACGAGUAAUUAUUUCUGCCAAUCAAGGUUUUCUGCUAAUCAAUCUUUCUUUCGCGAAAGCAUAAGUCAAAUCGUCUGCAAACAUACAGGCAAUCCAAGAUAAACAGUAUGCAAAGAAAUCCCAGCGUUCGUACGCUGUAACUCAUUCAGGUCAUCAAUGAAAACCAGUUCACUAAUUCAAAGUUUAAGGUUCACUAUUUAAGACGAGCGUUUUGAAUAUUUAAGACGAGCGUUUUGAAGUGUCUUCAUACGUAAAGUAGUUUAUAAGGGUCGAUAAAAUGACUUGCUCUUCUUAAGUUGUGGACAGAUUUUUAUUAAAGCUACUGUAUAAUUCAUAAACCUCUUGAUGUGUAAAUUUAUGAAUAUCGUACUACAAUAUAUUUAUCUCAGAACCAUCCGCAGAGAUAUGAAAAACUAAUUUCAUAUUACUGUCGUUCCAAUUGAAGUGUUGCUCAAAUAUUGAUUCAAUACAUUACUUCGGGCUGACCAAUUCAUUUGAUCAAGUUCCUCGAGAUAUUCAUACACUUCCUGUGAAAGAGCCAAUUCCAAGUAUUUGAUCAUUUCUGGUCACUUCCUUUCUAUUUAUGAUUGGUUAGUUGCACAAACAACAAAGGUGAUUGGUGCAUUCAAACUAUUCAACAGGAAGUUUACAAUUAUACUAGGAAGUGUAUGAAUAUCUCGAGGAACUUGAUCAAAUGAAUUGGUCAGCCCGAGGUAAUGUAUUGAAUCAAUAUUUGAGCAACACUUCAAUUGGAACGACUGUAAGUUCUUUGUAUGUUUGCAUGGCGAUAAAUUUACGUGAUGUUUCCACAAACAAAACUAUUAUAUAAUUUCCUAUUAUUCUGUCACUGCAAUAGACCAACGAAAAGUUCGUUGUCUCGAGCGGGAAUCGAACUCGCAUCUUUGAGAGUGUAAACCGCCGCUCUACCCAUAGCAAGUCUUUCCACUGAAACACUGCGCAUCCUCGAAGAUAAGCGUUAAAUCGUCGAGAAAAUAUUUCGGGCACUUAAAUUGGAUAAGACUACUGUAGCUCGCUACCAAUCCCCGUUGCCUCAAUAGCUCAAUGGAUAUAGAGCGGCGGUCUAGAUACCCGAAGAUAUGAGUUUGAAUCCUGCUCGAGUCAACGAAUUUUUCGUUGUUCUCUGCAGUAUCAGAAUAAUAUGAAACAAUAUAUUUAAUUUUAAGAUUCUUUGUCUGAUGACGUGAAAAAAAAGUUAGUUGACAAGGUUAGUACUAGAAUUCUUCGAUCUAGUCAAUAAACAUGUACAAUAUUUCAGGCACCCCUGUCAAGAGGGUUUUGAUCUCAUUCUUAUACACGUAGAUAAAAUCACUGGAGAGUACUGUUGAUGCCCAGGUUCAGGAAAUUGAAAGACUGAAGGUAAUAUUAUAUUGAUUAUAAAAUAUGCUGAACAUCAGACAAUAUAUUUGUGUGGAUUACUUAAUUUGGAUUCUGGACUCCAAACCCUCCCCGAAUGUAUAUUGUUGACGCACAUUAGAUAGCAUAAAUUCCACUUAAUAGUUUAAAAAAUACUAGAGAAUACAGCAUCUUGCUUCAAUGUACAGCUUAUGAAGUUAGUGUAUACUUCAUCUUGUAAACAUGUACAUCUGAAUCUCAGAGUCAUACUCCUUGCUGCAGGACAGAAUCUUCAUGCUGUCAUAGUAUUGCAAUUGAAUAAAACAAGACAUAAACUGAAGAUUAUUUACUUUGUGAAAACUUUAGGACCGGUAUAAAUAAAACAAGAAAGAAUUCAAAUUCAAAUAUACAAAAUAUUACAUUUACAGUCUUUAGUAUUUACAGUUCACUGAUGACAUCAUCAGACAGAAACAUUAAUCUUCUUUUAAAAACUCGCAUCUUUAAUAGCUUUUAAUGUAGGUCUAGUGGCAGUGAUAAGAAAGCUUUGGGUUGAUGCAACUACCUGAAAAAUAUAAGGAGAACUUCAACGUUUUGAGCGAAGGUCCUUUGUCGUGAAGUUAGUAUAGCGUUAUUUAAGAAAUAGAAAACAUUUUCCGUGUUUCUAUUUAACAAUUAGUCGCCGAAGGCGAGGUGAUUACAAGCCUAUAUUCACUGAGCCGAAGGCGAAGUGAAUUUAGGCUUGUAAUCACCGAGCCUGAGGCAACUAAUUGUUUUAGUAUAAAUUUCCAGGUGUUUACAAACAAUAAUCCACACAACUUUAUAAAAAUUCACUUCAAAUAAAUUUAUUUUCACUAUAAAUAGUUUGUUUACAAAAUUUAAAUCUCAGACACAGUUUUUUUCAAAUAAAAGCACGUAAAGUUUAAUAUUUUACCUUGAAAUAUUUUUAAACCAUAUUUUGUAGCUUGUUUGGGUUUUUUGGAAUGCUAUCUUCUUUAAUUUUGGCAAUUUCCUCCUCUGUUACUACGGCAAAACGAGCAGCCAUUUUGAAAAAAAAGCUAUAGUCACUGACCAGUGACUAUCACUUCAGAGACAAUGAAUCUUGACCAAUCAGAAUGCAGAAAAAUCCAUAGUCACCUGGAAAUUUGUACUAAAGAGUUAUAGAAACACGCGUGAAAGUUUGGGAGAAACGAGAAAUUGCGUGGGAACACGAGCACGAAAUGCGAGUGUUUCCACGCAAUUUCGAGUUUCUCCCAAACUUUCACAAGUGUUUCUAUAAACUCUAUAGAAACACGGAAAAAAUGUUUUCUAUUUCCUUUAUUAAAUAGCCUUUUAAAAACAAUAGGAAAGAUAAAUUUAUUGAUUUUAAUUGCUUUCAUUCAAAUAUUAAUUCCACCUUAAAUAUACGUUCGUGUAAAGAAUAAUUUAUAUAAAAGCAUAGCGAAGUAAACAAGUACAUCGCUGUCAAAACAACAGACAGCAACUUUUGCUGCUUCGCCUCCUUCCAAAGGCCCUGGGGACGAGGUUGAACAGACAGCACUUAACAGGCUUACUUUACAAAGUAUAUAAUUCACUCAACGUACAUGCUUGCAUGCGAAGAAAGCACUGUUUUAAAUAGUUAGUGAACGUUUAAACAUGAUUAAAAACUAUAGUAAACUUGAUUAAAAACGUCGCGAGGAAAUUUUUUUUUAAAAAGACAAAGUAAAAUUAAAAUAUCUUACCUUGGUAAACAGUCAAACAGAUACAACGUGUGCUAUAAUUAUACUUUGUGCUUUAGGUUUUCGCUUUCUAAGUUAGCAAAGUAACGGUUCUUCGGCGUUUCGGGACGUUUUUCAACUUUUUUCAAAAUUAAAUAUUGUUUGUAUUUUGUCUUUUAAACUCCCACGCAACCCCGCGUUAAAAUUCCCCGUGUUUCUAUCGAGUUAUAGAAACACGGUUUUUUUGAGCUUUUGACCAAUCAGCGCCCGUGUUUUUAAAAGGCUAUUUUAUAAAGUAGGCUACUAACGUUAGUACUGUAAGCUACUAUUACGAAAGUCACCGAACUGUGGAAUCGCAUCAAAAAUUCGUAUCGCCGCCACUCCCACAAACGUCUACGACCGCACCUACAUAUUUUUGCAUGUUUACAAUAAAUUCUAAUUUUAAACAGCCAGUCGACGUUUAAUUGUAAUUGUUACCAAGAAACGGAUUGGCUGUUCAAAAUUGGAAUUGUAAACAUGCAAAAAUAUGUAGGUGCGGUCGUAGACGUGCGUGGGAGUGGCGGAGAUACGAAUUUUUGAUGCGAUUCCACAGUUCGGUGACUUUCGUAAUAACUUCUCGACGAAGCGUCUUCGCUCGAAACGUCGAAGUUCUCCUUGUAUUUUUUAGGUAGUUGUAUACCUAUUAAUCCAAAGCUUUAUUUAGUUUUUACAUUCUUCAGUUUAUGUUCUGGUUUUACAAUAUCUUUUUCAAACUGUCAGCUGGCCAGGUCGUAUUCAGUUCAAUUCCUUGAUUUUUUUGUGCAAUUUAUAAUACUACUGUAAUUUCUUUGUAUCUCCUUCAAUUCUUCAUUUUGAAGUGUGAAUAUUCCGAGUCUAAUGUUAAAUAGGAAAAAGAAACAACAAACGAAGUUAGGCGUCAAGAACUUCUUCGUAACAUGGAACGUACACAACACGAAAAACAAACUGCUAUUCAAGAGAUGAUGAAAAAUAUUGAAAAUAUUAUGGAGGAAAAUAAUCGAUAUAACUCUGAAAUAAAGAACUUAAACGAUGAACUAAAGGCAACGAAAGUACUUUUCGAAGAUCUUAAAGUAGAGAAGCAAGGCAUCACUCAAAAGAUGGAUAAAGCUUUAGCGGAACGCGAGCUUAUUGGGAAGAAGACUGUUGAAAAAUUACGUAAUGAGCAUCAGGUACUGAUUGACUCAAUGGUGAAAGAGAACUCAAAUAUCGUGGAUGAUUUAAAACGGAGUAAAGUAGAAGCGAUUGAGUUGAUAAAGAAACAACACGCGAAGCGAAUGUCAGACAUACUUGCGGCAAAAGAUGAAGAACAACAUCAAGCACUGGAGGAAAGAGAUAGCAAAUUGAAAAUUAUGUCACAAAAAGAAGAAAUGUUGAAGGCUUCAUAUUCAGAAAAGGUGAAUACUGUAUAUUGCCGUACAUUAAAUACCUUAUAUAACUACAAAACCCACAAUAAGAUAAAAGUUCUAUUGUAAUUUAUAACAACAAUUGGAUAAAUUGUCGUCACUGACGAGGGCCUGUCCUUGAAACAGUGUGAUUCCUGUGGUUUAUAUAAUUAUGAUAAAUAUUUAACUCUUGUCCAGUGAGGCGCAAGAAGACAUGAACUUUGACACUUGCUAUAUCAUAUAAGGCGUCACUGACCCGAGAUAACCAUGCAUGAAAUUUAUAUGUAAUCACCCUGAUCAACCGACAAAUUAGGAAAAUACAAUAUGAAACAUACUCGGAAUAAUAACAUCUUGUGCUUUGAGGUGUAUUCAGGAACACCAAUCUCCUGCAAAUACCCACUGAGCGGUUCCUCGGCGCCGUUAAGCAGGUGUGCGCAGGAGAUUACAAGAAUAGACCUAUCGCGAAACCCGAAAAUCAGGUUUUUACCGCACUUCCGGUUGUGCAAAAACGUGAGUUUUGAAAUAUUCUUGAUACAGAGAUGCUACAUGUUGUUUUAUUUGAGACUUGAUAGUUGCAAUAAUUCACGUUUUUGUGAAUUCUGCAUUAGAAAUCUCGUGAAACAACAGGUUUUCAAAACCGGAAGUGGGGUAAAAUCGGGCAUUUUGGGGGUUUCAUGAUAGGUCUAUACAGGAUAUGCGCUGUAGAUAGCUCAAAUCUGGAAGAUGCUCCGAGUAUGUUGCAUACUAUAGAAUCAUUGUAAAUUAAUAAUUUUAUUGAAAUACAUUUUGAAAUUCUAUAGAUCAAAUUCCUUUAUUCUUGAUUGUGAUUAAAUAUGUAACGUCGUUGAUUUUUAGAAAUAAAUCGGUGAUUAAAAAUAAAUCUAUAAUGAAUAGAUCGCAGUGAUUAUUAUGUUGAUUUAUACUUAAGGUGGCAUCCUUGCAGUACAAUACUCUAAACAGAUCUGGAAAAAAAGUCUCAAGAUCCUGAGGAAUAUAUCUCAAAAAGAUUGAAGAAUGUUUUAAUUUUUCACACAUACGUUAUAGUAUCUCAUGUUUCCUCAUCUGUCAUUUGAGACAGUCAACUAUAGUUUGUUGUUGCAUACAUAAUGAGUAACGUACUGUCAAAUUUUCCACCGUUUUUACGUACUUUUCGAUUUGAAAAAAGCAAAUUCCGGAUCUGAGAAACGGUGACACUUUUUCCAGGUCUGAAUCGAAAUACUCCUGUGUUCGUGGUAUUUCUGUUAUUGUUUCCAUCGUUUGACCCAAUUCAUUCAUUAAUCAAGCAGUGGAAACGUACGUGGAACAUUGCAUAAUGAAUGAUCAGAUGUCUUCGGUACUAGCGGAUUAAAUAAUUUGAGAAAGCGCUUUCGUUUUUCUAUAAGUGCGACGCAUACAAUCCCUAUGAUUUUAUUACAAACAAUUUUUGUUGAAUAAAUGACUUUGGUUCAUUCUACAAUAUGUGACGUAUUUAUUUUUGCACAUCAUACCAAAACUUGAAUUACCUCGCCUUUCCCAAGUAAGUGCGUAGAUGAAAACGUGUAAAAAAUUUCUUACUUUUGGCAUAUUUUUCUUUCCAGGUGAAAGAGGCUGAGCUGGCUGUGGAAGAACAAGAGUUACAGAAACAUGCCGUUGUUAAACGAAAAUUUGAAGAAAUGUCGAAACUGGAAGAGCGAAUUCAGGAAUUAGAAGAGCAACUUGUGGAAAAAGAAACUGUGUCACAAGAUCUUGAAAAAUCUAGACAAGAAUUGAUUGGUGAGUCUCAAGUCUGAUGAAUUGUAUUUUUGUUCCUAAGUUGUAGUCUUGAGUAAGAUUUAUCUCUUAACUUGUUUUGAUCAACUACGGGUAAAGAUUGAUUUAUCUUAUUGAAUUAGUUCUAAAAAUAAUUGUUUAAAUCUUCAAUAACCUCUUAAAUAACUAUCCAACAAUGUCUAAAUCAAUAAUGCUAGAUGUUCGUGAAUGUUGUUUAUAUAAACUGUAUUUCCGCUGACAUACCACACAGCAGGCGAUACCGGUACAGAUAGCCAGUUCAUAUCGUUACAUCUUCCCUUCCAAAAAAUAAUCAAACAGUCUAAAAUUAAGUUUAAAAACUAAAUAAAAGUUUAUACUGUAUAUUUAAACUAUUUCUGGAGUUGGCUGGCUGGCUGGCUGACUGUUGGCUGGCUAACUGUUACACAUGGUUCCUCUGUGGUAGUAGGAUGCUGCAAUGGCUGCAAAAUUCGCAAGACAAUUCCCAAAGGUCCUAGAGUUAUUAACAGCGUGUAUUUACAAAAUUAUUGACAUGCAGUGUUUAUUUACAAACAAAAUUUCUACAAGGCAAAUUGCGGUAUCAUGUGCCUCUCGGAUGCAGUUGUUCCCAAACAUAAUGAAAACUCACGAAUUACAAGAUCAGUGGAUCCGAACUCCAUAAACUUCCAAGUUAGGAAAUGUAAAACUUCUACCUACCAACAGACUUAUACGAUAAGAUCAAGAAGAACAUGGAACAUAUUACCAGGAUCAAUAACCAAUAAAUCUAACUCUCUAAUAACCUUUAAAAAUUUCUUAAUUAAAUAUUACUAUACCGCAUUAGAUAGGAAUUAUAAUGUGGAUGAUCCUCGGUCUUGGAAAAAAAAUGCUUGAAAUGUAACCAGGCCCGGGACCUAACCAAACCUAUUGCAUGUUGUUUUUAAAUUAGAUCUGUAUCUAUAUAUACAUAUAUGUGUGUCUAUGUGUGUGUGUAUGUUUGUGUAACACUGUACUUGUACUUUGGGAUCACAGUAAUUGGCCUGAAGCUGUUGUGAUUUCCUGUCACGUUUGUAAUGUUAUAUCAAUAUGUAAUUUUUGUUAUUUGUCAUGUAUUCUUGUUGUGGCAAAGCUUGUAAAAUUAAAAAUUAAAAUCAAUCUUUAACGUGCCCUGCUAUGUUGAAGAUUGAUUUUGUUUGUAAAUAAUUUUGUGAACAACCUUUGGGAAUUGCCUUGCAAAUUUCGUGCUGUAAUUUAUGCAAACACCGAGGAUGCAUAAAAUUAAUUUGAAAUCAUGCAAAAGAAAUCGCGUUUGAACUAACAAAAUGGGAGAAAAUCCAGGUUUUGAAGAUCUCGCUAUGGUCUGGCCUACGCGUGCACCAAAUUUCUUGAAACUCUGAUAGCUUGUGCAAGACAGUCAUAUUUUGACUCUGUGUGAUUAAGUUUGUUUCCGAUGAAAAUUUUUUUGCGCAAUUUUUUUGGUGGGUUUUUAGUAACAUCUUUCCUACUCUAAAAACGCUAGCAUUUUAAAUAAUUUAGUGCUAGAUGUACCAGACAACGUUAAAGUACAUAGACUUACUGAACGUUUUCGCAAAUGUCGCGCGCAUCUAACUUUAGUAAACUUUUUCCAACUGUGUACUUUUUCUGAUACACCCUGUAUAUAACUGAAGUCAUUAUAGAACCGAGUGUAUGACUGAAGUAAUUAUAGGACCGAGUGUAUAACUGAAGUCAUUAUAGAACCGAGUGUAUAACUGAAGUCAUUAUAGAACCGAGUGUAUAGCUGAAGUCAUUAUAGAACCGAGUGUAUAACUGAAGUCAUUAUAGAACCGAGUGUAUAACUGAAGUCAUUAUAGAACCGAGUGUAUAACUGAAGUCAUUAUAGAACCGAGUGUAUGACUGAAGUAAUUAUAGGACCGAGUGUAUAACUGAAGUCAUUAUAGAACCGAGUGUAUAACUGAAGUCAUUAUAGAACCGAGUGUAUAGCUGAAGUCAUUAUAGAACCGAGUGUAUAGCUGAAGUCAUUAUAGAACCGAGUGUAUAACUGAAGUCAUUAUAGAACCGAGUGUAUAACUGAAGUCAUUAUAGAACCGAGUGUAUAGCUGAAGUCAUUAUAGAACCGAGUGUAUAACUGAAGUCAUUAUAGAACCGAGUGUAUAACUGAAGUCAUUAUAGAACCGAGUGUAUAACUGAAGUCAUUAUAGAACCGAGUGUAUAACUGAAGUCAUUAUAGAACCGAGUGUAUAACUGAAGUCAUUAUAGAACCGAGUGUAUAACUGAAGUCAUUAUAGAACCGAGUGUAUAGCUGAAGUCAUUAUAGAACCGAGUUAUAACUGAAGUCAUUAUAGAACCGAGUGUAUAACUGAAGUCAUUAUAGAACCGAGUGUACAACUGAAGUCAUUAUAGAACCGAGUGUAUAACUGAAGUCAUUAUAGAACUGAGUGUACAACUGAAGUCAUUAUAGAACCGAGUGUACAACUGAAGUCAUUAUAGAACCGAGUGUAUAACUGAAGUCAUUAUAGAACCGAGUGUAUAGCUGAAGUCAUAGAACCGAGUGUAUAACUGAAGUCAUUAUAGAACCGAGUUAUAACUGAAGUCAUUAUAGAACCGAGUGUAUAACUGAAGUCAUUAAUUAUUAUUUGUGAUGCAAGAAUCCUUUCUCUUGUACAGAAUCAGAAAAGAAACUGAAAGAUGUUGAGGAAAAAUACGAGGAAUAUAAAGUAUGUAUUGUUGCAGUGUAAUAGACUCUACUAAUUAUUUCUUUCUUGCCCCAAUUAUGGCCUGGUUUUCUUGUGGUUAUUUCUCAUGUUUCAAUGCACACAGUGGCGCCGCCAGCUCGAUAUAGAGUGUUGGAGGAAAUAUAUAUAUAUGUAUAUAUUUAUGCACACAUUUAUAUGGAGUGUUGGAGAAAAUAUCUCAAAAUCUUGUGCUAGUUGGCAUGUAGCCUGCUUGUCAGGCUCUAUGCUUGAAAUAGAGCCUGCUACUGAAGUCAAUGAAAAGUGGAUUUAUGCGUACGAAUCGUACGCAAAAUUGGCCGUUAUUGUCAUAUUUUAAAUUAGCUUGAUAAUCUAAUUAACGAUCGCCGUUUUGAUUGGUUAUUUGCGUGCAUCCAAAUCACUGUCCACUUUUUAUUGACUUCAGUAGCAGGCUCUAUUUCAAGCAUAGAGCUAGCCUGCGUAGCAGGCGUUUAGUGCGGGCGGGAGGAAAGGGCGUCGUUAAAUAAACGCCUGCCCAAAUGCCUAUGAUUAAUUUGUUCUUCUCCGAAGAAUCUUCGGAAAAGCUUCCCAUUGGUUAAUCUCGUUAAUAACGGAAGUAAUUACGUAACUCAAAUGUCAACAACAAUUCUGCUCGCGUAUCGAAUAGCGAUAGCCGUAUAUUUCGAAUAAAAAAUAUGCCUGUUAAUGCUUUGGAGGAAACUCUUUCUUAUAUUUCAAGUAUUUAGGCUUCGAAAUUCAGUUGAAACCAGAACAGAGAAAGUCUAUUAUUAGUUUGCUACGUGGUGAAGAACGCCGGUUAUCGCGAUUCUUCCUACGGGAUACGGAGAAGUUUGAGUUUCAAUUAUACAUUUAUAUCGGCAAAUUAUUUAAUUAAGCUUGCUACAUGCUAUUUUAAUAGCUCUGAUCAUCUGAUGCCAGCACGAGCAGAGAUCGAAUAUUUCUUAUAGUUGUUUUGAUAUUUGUUGAGGCUACAUUACUUGGCAUUGCAGCUAUGAAGUUGGACGAUGAUUUUAUAAAGAAUAUUAACAUUACUUUUGACACGCUCAACUAUUAGUGGUUCAGAAGCCUUUUAAAGGAUAAAAGCUCUGUGUUGUGACUGUUGUCUAAAAUAGCUUCAAAAAGUCAUCAAUAAUUCAUGAGGAAAACGCAAAGAAAAAUCAUAAGCGUGUCGUAUCUUUAUAUGCGAUAGAGAUUUCCUUGGACAUACACAACGAAUUUUUUGAAAGUUACUUCUCCAAUGAACUUACUAGAAUUAAGACAUACGCAGUGCGUGUUUUAUCAGACUAUCUUUAUUUCGGAUAAAACACUGCUGCUCAUGUUUUAAAUAGUACAUAAAAUCUCUGCAAAUCUCCCUAGUUGCCGAGCAAACGGUAUGCAUGAUGCUAAAUAUAAAUCUCGACUAUGAUUGGAUAAUGGGUGACGGUGCUAAUUACUAAACGUCAAUCAUCCUUAAUGGGCGAAAACUAAUUUGUCAUAGCCACUUGGGCAGGCGUUUCCUCAAACGACGCCCUUUACUAAACGCCUGCUACGCAGGCUAGCAUAGAGCCUGACACGCAAGCUAGUAGGCAUGAAGCAACGUCGAUUAACACCAAUGAUUUUCUUAAGCUUCCUUUAAAGUAAGACAGUGUAAUACUUGGUCUUGUUGUUUCUUGUAGCGAAAUCAUGAGAAUACAUUACAGGAACAUGGAGAAGAGAAACAUAAUCUUUCGAUUAAAAGCGAAAUGUUGGAAAAUGAAUUAGUGGAAAUGAAAGCUGAAAUUACGAAGAGGGAAGAAGCAACAGUAGAGCGAGAAACGUUUUGGAAACUGGAAGAAGAAAAACAUCAGCAAGAAUUACAAAAUACAGUGAAGGAUAUUGAAACGAAGAAACAAAGUGAGCUCGCUGCAGCCUCAAAGAAAAAUGAAAAUAAAGUUUCAGAAAUGAAGAAAAUUGUGAAGGAAUUACGUACUAAGUUAACAGAGAAAGAAAACCAACUGGAAAAAGUGCAGGAAGAGUUGAAGGAUAUGGUUUCCAAGAAGGAUAAGGAACUGGAGGAGCUGGCAAAAGGAACAGGGACACAUAAUGCGAAAAUGAAAACUUUAAUUAAAACUUUAAAAACUAAAUUAAACGAGAAGGAGAGUGAUGUGAAUAAUAUGAGCUUGCAAUUAUCCGCGUUGAAUGAACAGAAGAUAGAAGAACAAAAACAGUUAAUGGGAGAACACGAGAAAGUAUUAAAUGAAAAAGAUAUAAUGUGUAAGGAUUUAAUGGAGAAACUUGAUGAGAAAAUGAGCCAUUGCGCAGAACUAGAAGGUAACAUUGAAAAGCUGAAUUCUGAUAGCAUAAAGAAGUUGUCUGCGUUAAAAGAGACGCAUAACAAACAACUGGAUGAAGUGAAUUCAGAUUUUGGAAGAAAAUUAAGCGAGCAUGGGAAAAGUCUUGAAGAGGAGAGAAAUAAUCAACAAAUCCGGAUGUCGAAGGAUGCGGAACAAAAAAUUAAAGAAAUGAAGAAAAUCGUGAAUGAACUGCGAAACAAUCUUGUAGACACAGAAGCUCGCGAGGAAAGUCUUAAGGAAAGUCUGGAGGACGUGAAAAAGAGCUGCAAGGAUUUGGAAAAGACUAUAAGUGAAAAGGAAGAGGCUUUACAACAAUCUGCGUUAAGUUUACAAGAUUACGAGGAGAAGGUUUCUGAUUUGAAAUCUCAGAUUACUGCCUUAAACCAGGAUCGUGAACAGGCAUUCAACGAUAAAGAAGCCGAGAAAGUACAAUGGAUGAAAGAAAUGGAAAAUAAAUUCAAUGAACGAAUGAAAGAAAAAGACGAAUUUUUAAAUAAUACAAUAGAACAGUUAACGAAAGAAAACGAAUUAAAUGUGGAUGUCAUUGCUAAAAAUUAUGACGCUAUUAAAGAUGAGCAACUCAGAUCUUUGCAAGAACGCCAUCAGGAACAGAUUGCUGAGUUAAGUAAUCAACAUGAAAGGUCGUUAGCCUUCUCAAGAAAGGAAGCAAAUGAAUCGUAUGAAAGACUGGUGGCGGAAGCCAAGGAUAGAGAAGAACAACUUGUAAGGCAAAAUGAUGAACUUCGAAAUACUUUGGAAAAAGUGAAAUCUGGAUUUGAAGGACAGAUUGAAGAAUUGAUGGAUAAAGUUACUGAAUUAAGUCGAGAUUUAGAAUCAAGAAAUAGUAAAAUCAGUGAAUUAGAGGGUUUAGUAUCAACACACAAAGAAGAAAAGAGUUCCAUUCAACAAAAUAUGGAUGACAAGCUUAUGGAACUUAUAGAGAACCAUCGGCGUGAAUUGAACGAGAAUGAACGAGAAUCUGAGCAAAAGAUGGAGGAGAUGUCUUCAGAGCAUGCAAACCUCCUCCAUAAUCAGAUCUAUGAAAUGACCAAAACUAAGGAAGAACUGACGGCUAAACUGAGCUGUUUAGAGAAAGAUCACGCUGUACAACUCCAAGAAGUUAAGGACGGUCAUGAUGCCAAGUAUCAUGAGGUUGUGAAAACGUUACAAGAUGAAAAUAUGCAAUUGAAAGAAAUCUUAGAAAAAGAACAUGUCGAGUCCGAGAAAGAAAGAAUAAAUCAAACUGACGCAUACGAAGCUCUUCAAAAGAAGUUUGAUGAUGUUACCAGUGAAUAUGACAAGAGUUGUAUUGCUCUUAAUAAACUUAGUGAUGAGCUGAAUAUAAUUAAAUCUGAACGAGACGAGAGGACUACGGCUUGUGGUCGGCUUCAAGAUUCGCUCCACGUUGAACAAACAAAUCAUGCACAGAUGGUAGCAGGUUUAAAUGAGGAAGUCAACGUCUUAAAAAAUGCACAAGAUGAGUUACAUAAACAAUUAGUCGAUAGCAAAGAAACAGCGAAGGACAUGGAAACAAAAUUGAGUGAAAUGUGUAAUGUUUACACAAAACAGAAAAAUGUAUUCUCGGAACAGUUUGAUUCCAAGUGUUUGGUGGAGAAACAACUUAGUGAUCGAAAUCGAGAGUUAGAAGAUCUAUUAAAUCGAAUUCAGAAUGAUUCUCAAGUUGAAAUAAACUAUUUGAAAGAAAAUAUUUCUUCUCUGGAGGUUAAAAUGAAUGAAAUGGUACAGGAACAACAACGAGAAGUGGAUGGUCAUAAAAAGACUGCGGUUACUCUGAAGAAGAAAGUUAAAGCAUUGUCAGAAGAAUGCAAGAAAAAAGAUUUAAAAUUAGGCGAAGUCACUGAUGAAUACGAGAAGACGAUAUUAGAGAUCAAACAACGAGAAGAGAGUUUGAAGAUGGAGAUUGCUUCAAGCCAGCAUGAUUCUCGAUCGAUUGACGAACAAAUUAAGAAAAUUCUAGCGGAGAAACAAGAGCUACAAACACUUUUGACAAACACAGAGGAAAUCCACCGUCAUAACAUACAAGAAGUAGAAACGAAAUUACAAGAUGCAUUAGCUAAGCAUGAAUGCGACUUGCUAAGCAAACAAGAAGAAUUGAAUAUUAAAAUAUCUGAACUGGAAAGAGACAAACGAGAGGCAUUGGAAAAUCUUCAAGAAACACUUGCGGUUGAAAAUAGAAAGAAAGUCUUGGAAAUGAAGAAGAAAGGAGAAGCUAAAAUAGCUAGUGUGAGAAAAGAACUAUCGAGUCAACUUGAGGAACAAGGAAAGGAACUUUCUUUAACAAAAGAAAAAAAUCAAGAUUUAGUCCAACAAUUGGAAGAAAUGAAUGUCACUCAUUCAGAAACAGUUCAACAGAUGGCUGUAGAACAUGAAGUAAUAGUGAAGACUAAGGUGGAGGAGGUGCAGUCCCAAAAAGGAGCUAUAGAAAAUAACACAAAAUUGCUGAAUGAACAGAUUGCACAGCUUGAAGCUGGUGAAAAAUCUUUAGUUGAAACUGUUGAAAAUCUUCGCGUUGAAAAAAUGGAUGCGUUACGUGAACAAGCGUUGUCCUUGAAAGAAGAUCAUACAUUGGAAACAGAGAAACUUCAAGUUGAACAUAAGAAAAGUUUAGAGGUCUUGGAAAAACGUUUGGUGGCGAAAGUUGAAGAAAAAGAUUUCGAAUAUAAUGCUAAAUUAAAACAAGUCAUUAAAGAAUUUCAGGCAAAACUGGCUGACAAGGAUCAUGAAAUCCAAGACACACUCGCACAGACUAUCGCAAACAGACAGAAGGAAGAGCAACAAUCUGUGCUGAAGUUUGAAGAAGAAAUUAUUGAAUUAAAGAAGGAAAUGAAAUACCGAGAAGAUGAAAUGUUACACCUUCGUAAAGAAAACGAGGAACGGUUGAACGAGAAAGAAGGAAUGAUGGCAGAAUUAGUUCGUGAACAUGAGAAAUCUUUGAAAGACGUUGAGGGAGACUAUGAAAGCAAAAUUACAGAACUUACUACCAAACAUGAGGAGGAUUUGAAGAAAUUUAAAAAUAGCGAACAACUUCUUGAAAUUGAGAGAAAGUACGAGGCUGAACUGGCUCAGGCACAGAAAGGACAUUCAUCGGAAUUACUGGCACUUGAAAAGAAACUCAAAAACCAAAUGAAGAAGAACCAAACAGAUAUGAAGAAAUUGCUCAACGCGAAAGAAGCAGAGUUUGAAAAGCGAAGAAGUCCUGUGGCUCAAACUAAUGUAAGUUUAUUGUUUUCAUUUUAAUGUAUACUUAGACUACGUUUACACUGUAGUAGAUAGCUUUCCGUAGCGACGUGAAGAAACACCGUUACCGUGCCUUUUAGGAACGCUAUUUUCAGAGGAAUUAUUGCAACAGAGAGAUGUUGUUUCGCUCAGCUUCUGAAAGUUGUACAUUCCGUGUCGGAAAGUUCUCCUGUAUAGUGUUAUUAGUGUAAACCUAGCCUUAGCCUGAAAAUCGUGAAUACACAUGAUUUAGAGGUGAAUAUCAAUUCCCAGUAAACCAAUUUUAAUUCAUAAAUUAAGAAUUGUAUUACUAACAUUAGGGAUCGGUCAUGAAGUAACUGCUAGGGUGGGCCGGAGUGAUUUGGGAUGGGCCAUGGAAAAUCUUUGGACAGUUUCGAUGGGCCGCCAAUUUUUUUGUAUGUCCACGGUUGGGCCACCAAGCAAAAAACCGUGUCUACUUAAAAAAAAUAAAGAUAUUAAUAAUAAAAGUAAACAAACCUAUCCAAAUUAUCAAAUGCAAAUGAUGCUAUUGAAGCCAGUACUUUGUUUUAUACAACAACAACAACAACAAGAAGUGGUCGAAUCACAUCAAAUACAACCAACUGGAGAGCAGCUCAGUAUCGUAAUUGGUGCAUAUGAAUGUGUUGGUCUAGCUUGGUGGAAUUAUGUAUGUUAAUACAGUGCCGCCGUGUAUAUUUACAAACCUGCAAGUUUUUUUUUUAUCAUAAAAGUGUAUUUUCCCAAUUUAGAUUGGGUGGGUGGAUAAUGAAAUAAAUUUGGUAAGAUUAGAUGGGCUUUGAAAUUUUUGUCUACAUCCUAUAAUUGGUCACCAAACUUAUUGGCAAAAUUUAUGAUUUACCUCCAGCCCACCCUAGCAACUACUUUAUGACCAGUCCCUUACAUUGGUUCGCUGAGUCAUAGAACUGAAGUCCCUAACUGACGGCAUCUAUCACUAUAAACAUGGAUCGCCCAAACAAUAAGCUUAUGAUGAUCUAAGCAAUGAGAUAUUGUAGCAAAGUGACUGCCUCGUUUGUGCUGGAACAGUGUUGAAUUAGAACUAACGUUUGAACUGAACAGAUUCUGUCAAGUCUACGUCAUCAUAGGAGGUUAUGGUUUCUCCUCGGUUUGUUUGUUUAUGUGUGCUUGUCUGCCAGCAGGAUAACUUAUCAACAGUUUAAGACAAAAAUAUGUGAAACUAAUGGCCCAAGGACAAAUCGUUCGAGUUUGGGUUUAAUGGUAAUGCAAAUUGGAUGAGGAAUUAGCAAAAGAGUGCGUAAUUAGUGCAUAACAUAACUUGUGUGUGGAAUUCUUGACUUUUUGCUGGCGGGGAUCUCGGUGUGUCAUCAAAUUUAGGAUUUGUAAUAUUUUAGAAGAUAAGUCAUAUUAUAUUUGUUUCCUUUACAGGGGGAAGCCGAAGAUGGAAAUGAACAAGUGAAUGUUCUAAAGGUUUGUUACUCCCUUUAUGUAGAAAAUAUUUUUUAGUGUCGAAGGAUUUGUGUUAGUAAUGUAAGAAAAAGGUUUUCACAAAUUAGAGUGACGUUUUGACAACAGGAAGUGUAUAUUACGUAAUUGAGCCGUUAAAGAGGGCGACAACCGUGCAUUGUUUACCGUUCUUGAUUCCAAGUAAAACGACGGCAUAUUUAUGGGUUCAUCCUAUACCGACGUCUGUGACGCUGACAAAAACGUCAACUGCUUAAGCUCUCGACUUUUAUUUACCGAAAGUGACGAAUAUUGAUACUGAGAUGCAGAGCAUCGACCAAAUUUUGUCUAAAAAAUUGUUUCCUGUAACCUUUCGUUCAAAUAAGAUUUCACUCUGUUAGUGGCGAUGAUGUAUUUUUGCUAUGGACAGGUUGGUGAACAUGUCAACUUCGUACGGCAUUUAAUAGCGAUGAUACACCUCCGCAACGGACGCUCCAUGCACAGGCAGACAAAGCAAAUUCCUACAGGCCGGUCCGUCCGUCAACAGAUCGAACAACACAAUGCACCUCCCAAGAACAUAACAUUUAAAUCUUCAUAUUUUAAUAGAAUUGUUAACUUAUGCAACUUUAUUCUUAGGAUAGCACCAUCUAGUACAUUUCUAACUCUUAAUAGCUUUAAAACCUUCUUGUAUACUGUAAUACUUACAAGGAACUCUUAAGAACAACAUUUGAUCCGGACCUAUCCUGCACUUAUUCAUUGAGCAGGACGUGUCAUUGUCACACCUAAUUUAUUUAAAUUGUAAAUAUUUAAUAGUUUUUAUUCUUGUAAGCUUGACUGACACCUUGCAUGGGACCUGUCUCGUUCGUGUCCAGCCUUAUUUACUUGUACUGAAUUAAAGUUGUUAAACUAAGUAUUUGCUAAAACUGUUUAUUUUACAUUUUUAAUUUUAGGCGACGAUAGAGCGCCUUAACAGAGAAAUGGAUUUGUUACGCGAAAGAGAGCAACUAUUGAAGGUACGGAAUUUCAUUGUAGAUUACAGUAUUAUGUGGUUAGUAGUGUUAUAGAUCAAAGAGGCGAAGGAGGCGAGAGGGCAGCCCUCCCCCCCCUCCAAUAAUAUUACGUUGAUCAACGUCAUGACGUCACUCCGUUGAAUAUUACGUCAAGACUCCAUACUUGGUCAGCUACUGGGUUGAUAUGACGAUUUCACAGUUGGCUGUUAGUUAACCAUGAAUUAUUUUAAGCAAUUAAUUGUAUUUAUUAUUGUAAAACUGUCUGUACCAGUGUGGGUACCGUAGUACCAACGUGAAAAUGCUGUGCUGAGUGGUUAUAUUACUACCUUAAAAAAUAAGCAGAAACUCGACGUUUCGAGCGAAGGCCCUUCGUCAAGAAGAAGGUAGUAAUAUAACCACUCAGCACAGCAUUUAUUAUUGUAGAAUGAUGUGGAACAUCGUGCUCAGAAUGGCCCAGCUCAAACGCCAGAACGACCAACUCAAUUAAAUGUAACAUCAAAUCCAUUUUCACCUGGUGGUCCAGAAAGUCCCUCAUCUAAUCCUGGUGAAACGGAAUACGAGGUUAGUUUGUAGUUAGCUACUGGUUUGAAGUCAUUAGCAUGUCCUAUAAAUUCUGUAUGAGUACACAUGUAAUAGUUUGUGUCGCGCAAUAGACCCUGCAACUGAUUAAUGCUUGUUAAUGCCCGGUUCUACCCAUUCUGUGUUAAUCCUUGUUGACAUCAUAUUGCGAUGUAAUUAAAGACUAUUUUGGGUAUUGUACAUGUACAUAGAUGUCGAGUGUAAAUCUCAUACCUAACCAGGAACAGUUGUGAAAAAUGCAACUAUAAACCCUCUGGUAGGAAUCGAACCUGCGGACCUGCGAUUCCAGUGCAGUGCUCGAACCAACUGAGCUACACAGGCCAGCUGUCAAACUGUAACCGCCUAUAAUAUUCUAUAUUAUUUUUUUCAGUACUUAAGAAAUAUUUUAUUCCAAUAUAUGAUGGGAAAACAGAGAAAGGUAGGUUGGUUUAUUCUCUAUAUGUCGGCGAAGUAUUCACCUGCACAUAAAAUUAAAUUUCUCGUCUUGCCAAUGCUGUCAUUUGCAACUAACGAUGCACAGUCGUAGAUGAAAACAUUCUCUAUUUUUUAUGUAUUUGUCUUUCAUCACCACAACGUCGAUGCUUGCGGUGUUAAAGAUUUCAAUUAGCCAGACCAGUCAAACCGGUUAAACUUGAUUGACCGGUCAGAUUGAAACCUGUCAAUGUUGUUUGACACUAUAUAAGGUUUCAAGUGAGCAUAUCCUGCGUUUGAGUCUUUGACGAUGGGUAUAGACCCCAUGGAAAACCUGUAGCCCUCCUUGCAGAAGAGGCCAGACUAACCCUGAACUCCUAUCCCUCUUUUAAGCGGGCGCAUCUGUGAAGGUACAAGAGAUGUACGUUGAUAAGGGUUCGAUUGUAUUCACUCGAGACAAUUUGUCUGUGAAUUCAUGGAGAAUAAUUUAUAAUAUUUGUUAUUUGUCAAUUUUAGCAACUUUCCAAAGUCCUUGCUACUAUUGUUCGGUUUACACCAUCUCAACUUCAACAAAUUAUGCAGAAAGAACAAGAACGAGAUGCGUCACAGGUGAGUACUCCAGUUAUGCCAUGAGUCCAAAAGGCAAUUCUCGGCCUUAUACCACCUUCUUCUUAGACUACGUUUACACCAGAGCAAAACUUUUCGGAUUCGUAAUGAAUCUGGGGUGUUUUUAUGUCGGAUUCGUUUUGCGGUUACACGUAUGAAUCUGAUACAACACGAUCACAGAUAGAGAACUUUCGAAUCCGCAAAAGUUUGUGGGAAUCUGCUCUCUCCUGCGCAGAGCCUCCUUAACUUUUUACAAAUAACUUACAUGAAGUUUCGUGAAUAAAAGUGAGCGCGCGCAGGGUUAUGGGAAGAUUGAAAUGAAGGCGAGAAGGCUCUGCCACAUAAUGCCAAAAAGUAUGGCUUUUGAACCAAACUUUUGUUUGACAUUUUUUAAACUUGAAAUGGGCGGAAAUGUGGAAGAAAUUGAAAUAAAUCUUAUACUGUAAUCUGAGUAUCGAAGGUCAUUGGAGUCAUUUUUAUAGAGAAAUGUUGCAAUUUAGAGGAUAUUUAUAAUUAGAUAGAUUCAUAUCCACUCAUUUCAAUUUCUCAAUAUGUUUCGGUGCAAAUGGACAGAAGAAGAUAUUGGAUUAGCCUACGAACAGGCUCUUUGAAUUGAAUUAGAGCCUGCCGGUUUAGUCAAUAAAAAUACGUCUGUGCCCAUUACUAUUUAUAGUGUUGUCAAUCAAAUGUAAAAUACACUAUUAACAAAUUAAUACAGACACGCCUUAUGUAAUAGCCUGCGAAUAUAUGUAAACAAAACACAUAUCUCGAUUUCAACGCAUGAUUGUUUACAACAUUAAAAGCAUUUGUCUUUCUUUCGAACAACCCUGAAAUUCCCUGAAGUAGCAAUAGUAAGUGAAUUCACAUAAACACUGCAACGACUUGUCAGUUUGAACAACUACGGCGUACUAGAAUGCUCAAGAAUGCAAAUUAUAGUCGCCUUUGUCUCAGAGUAAAGAUGCUAUUGUUGAUAUAAGAACGUUGCCGUUGUAUUUGCCAAACUCUCUUAUACAGCAAAAACAUCGUUUCCGUCUACUCUGAAUAUUGUUAACAGCUUUUGACUGUCCAUCCUUUAACUUUAAACAAAGAUUUAGUUUUCUAUACAACUCGUCGCUAUACUGUAGAACGAUAUUUUUCGAUUUGAAUCUAUUGUUGUGUAAAUUUAAUUACCUUUUAUGGCAGUAUAAUGUAGUUAAUUCAAUUUCAACCAAUGGGAACCCUGCGUCGUUCUAAGCAACGCACAGACGCGUUUUUAUUAGCUAGGCCUGCAAGCCUCUCUCAAAUUUCAAAGACAGUUCAAAGAGAGCCUGUUCGCAGGCUAAUAUUGGAUUCACUCCAGAAGACUCAAGUACGCCUGAAAAGGAAAGUGGAAAACAUGUUUUUACACCCUCGAAUUAAGGUUGAUAUUGAACCGUUCUCCAAACGGAAUUUGGCCGCCAUAUUGAUUGCAUUAACUUGCAGAGGCUUCCUUAACUUCGCUCUUCCCAUCACUCCUUGCGCGCUCACUUUUCCCUCACUACAAACUUCAUGUAAGCCUCUGCGGAGGAGAGAGGGGAACCUCGGUAUUUGAAAAAAGUAUGAAUCCGGAAAACUCUCGUUUGAACGUUUCUGCAAAGAAUCCGAAUCAAUUUGUUCCCGCGUAUGUUUCCCAAAUUUAUUUAUAUAAUUUAUUUAUUUAUUAAACUGCCGAGUAGGAUCAAAACAUCGCAUAAUAUGAGUAACAUGCAGGGUUAAAUAUAUGGACAAUCGCUGUGUCAUGGCUGUGUAGUGUAAACGCCUCACGAAUCCGCGUAUUCUUGAAAAACAAGGAAUGCAGACGUGUUUACGAAUCCUUAGAGUUAACCUGUGACCGAGUAAUUGCAUUUUGCCCCCAGUGGUAGAAUAUAAGUAACAGUUGCAUUUUCAAAGUGGUCUAUUGAAUAUUGAUAUUGAAUGUGCAACACCAAAAUAGAUGCAUGUAAAGUAUAAUUGUAUCAGUUACAAUCGUUUAAGGCGCAAGGGAGAACUUUAUAAUAGUCCUGCCAAUUAUACAGAAAAUUGCGCUUAAUUUUCCAGUAACCGCUGUCCAGCUGUUACACAGAUUCCCCGACUUCUCUAGAAAGCGCGAAUUUUGUUCCCAAUUUCCCUGAAAACCAUGCUAUAUUUACCUAUAUAUAUAAACAUAGUAUUUUAUACCUUUAACCAUGCUAUAUUGACCUAUAUAUAUCGUAUUUUUACCUUUCUUAGGGAGGAUUUUUUUCACCUUUAAGAAGUUAAGGUAAGCGUGAUACGUUUUUAAUUCUUCCUGAACUGACACAAGAGGAUACGUAUUAUAACCAAUACUGUCACAGUAACAUAUAGCUUACUUAAAAUAUUCACUUUUUCCGAUGCCAUUAAUUCGUGAGUGAAAUUUUUGUGACGCUUCGUGUGCCACUCGCAGUGUGUGUGUUAUGCUUGCUGCCGUUCAAUAGAGAGGUUCAGAUUUGACUUCCACUACCGCUAUGCAUCUGAUUGGUUAAUCGGAUAUAUCAAAGGCAUCUGAUUGGUUAAUCGGAUAUAUCAAAGGCAUCUGAUUGGUUAAUCGGAUAUAUCAAAGGCAUCUGAUUGGUUAAUGGUCCCUUAAUGGUAGCGGUAGUGGAAUCUGAACCUCACUAAUAUUGGGCCAAGUACUGUACAUCAAAGAUAACAAUUACAUUAGGAAAAUUUCAGCAAAGAUUCAACGUACAGAUGUCUCAUGGCGUGUAAAUUGUGUCCUGUAUAAAAAGAAAGGAUGUUUUUGUAAAUCUUGUUCAAACGCCCGCUGCAUGAAGAAUACUUUUCUUUAUUAGAAAAUGUUAGAUUUUGUAAACUCGGAGUUUUUUUGUUUAUAUUGUAUAUUGUAUGAAUGAUGCUUGCUUGUUAUCAUAUUAGUUCGUGCACGAGAAAGUAAAACUACUUAGUAAAUAAACCCCUUUUUGUCAAACGAGGAUGUGCCUUGUGAAGAUGUCUCAAAGAUGAGGAAUCAUUCUGUUUUCUUGUGCUGCUGUUUGCUUUGUUUUAUUUUAUCACUUAUUCAGUUUUAUUUUGCUUUAAUUGUUGUGUUCUUUUGUUUUGUUUUUGCAUAAAACAGUUUUUUAUAAUUUAAUUUUUGUAGAAUAUCCGUUCCUUUGUAAUGUAUAUAUAACCAUCGAUUUUUGUUGGUGGAUAAUUUGGUCGGUGAGAACUUCAUAGGUCUAUCAUACGUGAACCAUCUGUAUGUAGGUAGUUGAAUAAAAGUAACGUGGUAUAAAUUACAUUUAUUUUAUAUAUUCUUAAACAUGAUCACGGACAUUAUAUUUUUUGAAACACGUAUCAAUUAUAUAGUAUUACGUAGAACACAAUGAAAUGCAAUGUUGUAUUGCUGGCAGUAUAUGAAAGCAUGCGUUCAUUGCAAACCAUAAAUAAUUAUGCCUUUUUUCGUCUAAACAUAAACGUAAAUACUUCUCACUACUUCUAAAUAUUAGUUUUGGCGGACGUUUAUAUAUUCUAGUAUGUCAAUGUUCUCAAUGUGUAAAUGUUCUCUAGACUGGAUAUUCAUUACGAACUGCAUAAACAACAUAGAAUACUGUAAAGUUGAUCCAUGCUGCUCUAGUGCUGAGUAUAACAAUGUUUUAUGUGUAACAAUAGAAUUGAGAAUAAAAUUAAUGUUGAAAUGACAGAAAUUAUCAAUAAACUAAAACGUGUGUAGACUGAAAAUCACGAACAAACUUGUCGCAGCCCCGCAAAGCUACUCAGAGAUCUGAGUAGUAGAUUCUGCAUAAUUAGUUAUGACUGAACUUAAUGGAUUCUGAUUUG